ACUUUUGACGCUGUUUUGUUAAUUUCCCAUUUGGAAUUCACUGUCUCUUCCUACCUAUACCUACACUAAAAAUUGUGUUUGCUACCAGCUAAAAGUCAAUGUUUGUAGUUGUGACAAUACAGUGUAAUUUAUAGUCAGCGUUAAGGUACGUCUGAAUACACAAGCAUUUUUGUUAUAGGUAACUUAGCGUUGCUGUGAACGAGAAAUGGCAGAUCAAAUUGUAGCUAGAUUUUCGGAAAAAGGAAUUCGCUUCGUGAGAAUAGCCCUCGUCGACUCAUCGAAUCUUGUACGGAUACGUAUUAUUCCCAUUGCAAAAUUUUUAAAAUGCAUCAACUCAGCUGCUAGAGGAUUUUGCAUGGCGAACGCCGCAUUGGGUAUGAUGAGACACGUGGAUCAAUUUCCUGCAGGACUGCCGCCAGCAAUUUCUUGUCGCGGAGAAGUAUGUAUGGUACCGGAUGUUACGAGUGGAAUCGAUAAACUGUGUAGAUUGCCAUAUGGUUCCGGAGCACACGCACUAUGUAUGGUCGACUUGGAAGAAAAAGAUAAUCCAGGAGUUCCCUUCGGUGGAUGUGCAAGAUCAAGCUUGAAAAAGAUAUUGAGAACGGCAACAGAUGAAUUCGGGCUGUCAUUCCUCGUUGGAUUUGAAAUUGAAGUUUUUUUCUUGGAAAAGUCACUCGAUUCAAUCACUCCAAUUGAUUAUACAACUUAUGCUUCAAGCGUGGCUUUGCGUUCUGAACGAACGGCCAAGAUGAUUGAUGAAAUCGCACAGUCGAUUUCGGAUCAAGGAAUCGAAAUCUUACAUUUUCAUGCGGAAAGUGGACCAGGACAGUUUGAGUUCGUUACUGAUCCGUAUGACCCAUUAACUGCUGCAGAUAAUUUGGUUCGUACUCGCGAAACUAUUUAUAACAUUGCUGAAAAGUACGGUAUCAAGGCAACGUUGGCUCCGAAGGUUUUUGCUGAUCAUGCUGGAUCAGGUGCCCAUUGCAACAUAUCAAUAGAUAAGUUUCCGAAACUCAAUGUUACCAACACAGGCCCUAAUGCACCUGAAGGAAUAAAUUCAUUCGAAGAAAGUUUCUUGGCCGGAAUUUUGAAGCACCUUAGUUCAAUUUGUGCGUUCACCCUUCCCAAUGUUACAUCCUACAGUCGUACGCAAGAACAUUGCUGGGCCGGCUGUUAUGUUUGUUGGGGAAUCGAUAACAGAGAGGCGACCCUGCGUUUGGCCUACAUUCCCGGCGUGAAUCGUAAAUAUCGAUUUGAGGUGAAAAAUGUUGAUGGAACAUCCAAUCCGUAUUUGGCGGUUAGUGCAAUAAUUGUAGCUGGACUGGACGGAAUUCGUAGGAAAUUGCACUUGGAGCAGAAAGAGGUGACUGGUGCUCCGAAUCCACUUGAAUUGAAGAGAAUGCCGUGUUCAAUUGAAGAGGCAUUGAGUAAUUUGGAGGAGCCCACCGAAUAUGAGCUGUUUUGCGAGGGAAUGAAUAAAACAAUGGUCGACUUAUUUAUUGCGGUGCGAAAAGGUGAGGUGAAGCACGUGCGACAGUUGAGUGAUGAAGAGCAAUUGAAAUUUGCGAUAAAACAUUUCUAAUUUCUGUAAAUUGUUCACUAUCUUUGAAUUUUACGUGAAAAGGUGAAAUAAACAAGCGAUUCACAUGAAG